CUGUCUCUGUCAGUUUCUGUAGUUAUUCAUUAGAACUCUAUGUUGAAAUACUUGUACAGAUGGAUGAGUCAGUACAAUGUCUGAGAUUUGCUAAAGCACACUUAGGGAAAAAGAAGGAAACAAAUAAAAUAACGCAAACAUGGUAUUUGUUGAAGCUGGGUGAGAGGCCGUGGGUAUCCAUGGUAAUCAUCUUUGUACAUUUACAAAAAAACAUUCCCAUAGCAAUUUUCUUUUUAGUUAAGCAAGAUCCUACCUUACUUCAUUAGUGAGUAAUUCAGUCCAAAAACUAAGUAGGGCUAAAGAGAGAUGGGAAAGGAGAUGGCAGCUCGGCCCAGAGUGAAGCCCUAUUCUGGUUUAAGCCGUUGUGAUAUUUAUUAAUCUUGUCUGUUUGAGUGGAUUUGGAAAAAACCUAUGAGAUUCAUAAAACAUACACCUUCUAUACUGUGGUCACAAAGGCUGUAACCCCACAAACAGAAUACUGUCUUGAUGGAUUCAUUAUAGGAUGAUAUAACCAGGGUGGGAGUAAAAACGAAGAGGCAGAGCCUGACUGGAGGAAGUGGGUCUUUGUGCUUUGCCCUUAGGGGCUAUGAUGUUCUCUGUCUCCUUUCUUUGCUUCCUAGUAAUGUAAAAUGUGCAGAGCCCCACCUCCUCUGAUGGCCACCUUUCCUUCCCUGCUACAAUGGACUGAAAUCCAAAAUGAAUCUUUCCUUCCAACCUGUUUAUAUCAAGGAUAUUGUCACAGUAUCACACAAUUAACUAAUAUACAAGAGGAAUUGGUUACUUUCUCAUAGCUGUGAUCUGACAAAAAGCAACUUAAGGAAGACACAUCUAGACUCUCAGUGUGAGGGUGCCAUCCAUAACGGCAGCAGAAGUAACGUGAAGCCACUUGGUCCUGUCUACAUCCUAGCGUAUCAGGAAGCAGGGAAAGAGGAAGCCUGGUGUUCAUCUGGCUCUCUUUUUCUUUAGUCUGUGAUUCCUGUGAUUCCUGGUGACAGUGCCACCACCCAUAUCAGUGUGCCUCUUCUCCCCUCAGCCAGUCCUCUCUGGAGACUCCAGCACAGACACAUCCAAAGGUGUCCUGGAUCUGCCAUGGGGAGUCAUGGAGAAGGCCUUUGCCUACAGAGCCAAGCCGCUGUCUAAUCUGCCAUAGAAGAACUCUCUGCACUUCCAGCCACAACCGCCACCAAGAUCCAGUCUGCUGCCAUCAAGCUAAGGACAAUCACCAUAGACCAGCUGGACUUUCCCCCUUUCCCCCACCCCCACCCCCAUCCGGGUCCCUGGGCUAGAUCAGCCCAUGGGCCCAGAUUCCCUUCUCAGCUCUUCCUUGACUUCCAGCAGCACCUGGGUGUCCAAGAGCUUGGGAACUGCACGGCCCCAGCCUCUUUGCAGGCCCAGGGACCCCUGAGCCAGCUCCGGCUGUCCUGCACCUCAGACUGCACUUUCCCACCCCAUCCCCAACCCCCUGGCAGUGUCCUGGGCUUCCUUACAGCCCAGCACCCACCUGAUGACAGCGUGGGGGAAUGUAAAUAGUGAAAAGUGAAGGGAGAGUCCAAGUCCCAGAGGCUUCCGCUUCCGUCAGCGGCUCAGAGCCCUGGUUCUGAGGACAGCACCAGGCCACGCGCAGGAAUUGACGGAUCUACAGCCCGCCGGGUCCUAGUGCGCCUGCGCCAUGUGCGGGGCGUGCGGGAGCUGCGUGCUCUCGGCGCUGUGCCUUCUGGAGUAACCGCCGCGUUGGGUGGUCGAAGGCGGAGCAUGUCGCCUGUACCCCGAUCUCGACCUAACGAGGACACGCUGGGUUCUCAGAAACGACGACGUGCCUCGGAGAGCCCGCCGUCGGCCUUGCAGACCGGCCGAUCCCCGCGGGGAGGCGGUUUCGGCGCUCUCCUCGGCGGGCCUGAGGGGCUCCAGCCUGCGCGGGGCGCCGAGGGCGUCCGGCCACUGCACCCCGUCAGCCGCCCCAGGGCUGGAGAACGACCGCUACCGCUGGGGAUCCGUACGCCGGCCUCGUCGUCCUCUCCCCUCUGUGGUGGGUACCGUUACCACCACAGCUAUGCGGGAGACCGCUCGUGGGCCGAGGACCAGGAGAAGGAAAAGGAGGAGAGCUACAGGCAAAGGAGGCUGAAGGAAAGAGAGAGGAUUGGCGAGCUGGGAGCGCCUGAGGUAUGGGGACUGUCACCCAAGAUUCCUGAGCCAGAUUCUGAUGAACAUACUCCAGCUGAAGAUGAGGUGAAGAAUCAGAAGAGCAGCAGUUCAGAUUUCACCAAUGAAGAAAAGAGGACAAAGACCAGUCAUUCAACAAAGAAAAAAAGAAAGAAAAAGCCUUCCAAACGGAAGCAUAAAAAAUAUUAUGACAGCAACUCGGACUCUGACAAUCAUUCUAGCUCUGAUAGUGAUAAAAAGAAAGCUAAAACCAAGAAGAAAGAGAAGAAAAAGAAACAUCGGGCAAAACAACUCAAGAAGAAAAAGAGGACUAAAAAAGAAUACGAUGGCACAAGCUGCAAAGCUUCAGAAAGGGAAUUGCCAGAAGACGCGUGGAUGGAGCAGUCGAUGAGUGCAGAUAGCAUGGAUUUAAUAGGCCCAGAAGCUCCCGUAAUACACACCUCUCAAGAUGAGAAACCUUUGAAUUAUGGCCACGCUCUGCUUCCAGGUGAAGGUGCAGCAAUGGCUGAAUAUGUGAAGGCUGGAAAGCGCAUCCCACGAAGAGGUGAAAUUGGGUUGACGAGUGAAGAGAUUGCCUCAUUUGAAUGCUCAGGUUACGUCAUGAGUGGUAGCAGGCAUCGCCGAAUGGAGGCUGUAAGACUUCGUAAAGAGAACCAGAUUUACAGUGCUGAUGAGAAGCGAGCCCUUGCCUCCUUUAACCAAGAAGAGAGGCGGAAGAGAGAGAAUAAGAUCCUGGCCAGCUUUCGAGAAAUGGUGUACAGAAAGACAAAAGGGAAAGAUGACAAGUGACAACCUGUUUGUUUCACUGCGGGGCGUUUAACAACAAAGGCUUUGUAUGGCCAAAGUAAUAGUAAAUGGUUCUACCAUUUACCAGUGCUGUUGUACCUACUGUGUUAGGAGAAAGCACUUCUUGAGAUGUCAUUAGAAAUUUUUACCAACUUUGCAGGAGAAUGACUAAAAAGGUGAAUGUCACUUCAGUCCCUGAUUUACCUCCCUUUAAAAAAAAAAAAGUGUCUCUGUAUCCUUCCAUGGUUUUUGUGCAUAUACAAGUCUGUAUUUUGCAAAAUAAAAGUUAGUACUACUAAACCUGAAGAGUGCCUAGUUCCCAUCUGCUAUGGUGAGUCAUGUGUCCCAGGACAAAAAGCAUGUAAGAGCAAUACCCAAGAAGUUGGAACCAUUUGCAACUAUUUGGAUUCAGUGGGCAGUGUUCUUCGGACUGUAGUUAACAGACUUGGUUACAGAGAUGGAAUUUCAUAACUGAGAAGUCGGGGAAACUGUUUCUAGCAGAAUGUUAAUACAACUUGGACUCCCUCCCCCCCCCCCUUUUCUGUGGCUCAUUUCUUUAAAGUGGUUUCCCUUUUAGAACAAAAGAGCUGCCAAAUCUCUUGAAAGAACAUUUCUUUUUGAAGGGUUUGGGCAUUUUUCACUGUGAACCAACGCUGUUUCUUCAUAAAAUGAAAGUAGCACCAAAUGCUGUACAUUGUAAAACUGAGAUCGUAUUGUUCCUCAUGUGACCCUGUGCCACACUUUCCUCUGUUCCUACUUAUUGCCAAUGGGAGAUCACUGGUUUCACCCAAAUGGGAUGCAUAUAUGCAAAUGCCAAUGGUAUACAUGUCUAAUGCUAACAAUAUUCUGGUAAUAUGUUAAUAUGUACUAUUCUUGAAAUUACUGAUAUAAUAGAACUUUUAUAACCACUUUCUGGAAAAGGUGAGUUCAUUUUGGACAUCAGAUCCUAGUUUAGUCUGAAAAUAUAUAUAAAAAUAUGUAUAUUGUGUUUAUCUGCUAUCACUAAGAAGUCCAGGUAUUUCCUCCCAGAAGCAGUACUUGAGAAUAGUUUCUUCACUGCCUAUAUUACUGAAAGUUUUAUCCACCACUAACUAAAACAAAUGUCAUUCAUUUCCAGAUUUUUAUGGGUGUUUCAUGUUUCUUCACUGAGUCCUGGUGAAGUAUUUAUUGUUACUUUAUCAGUGAAGAAUUUUUAAAACAAGAUUCUUUGAGAAGCACUAGAUUUUCUGAAGUUCUUCAUUAACCACAGUGACCUCCCCUGGAGAUUUCUGGCAGCCUUCCCAUUUUCUGAAGCACCAGGCCCAUUUUUUCCCAUGUCUCAACUUCAAGCAGACUAUAAUAAAUAUCUUCCAAGGACCUCUCAAUCUUCAAUACCAUCUUUGGUUACCAUUUAUUUCACUACAGUGAGAAAAGUGGUUCCUGGGUACAGUUUCUCAAGAGCGCCUGCCCUCAACUACCAGCACCCAGUGGGCACACAAUGGGCUGUAUACUCCAAGCUCCUCACCACAGAGUCUUAUUGUAGGUCUUCCAAGUUGCUGCCAGAAAGAAUAUUUCUGACUCAGUAUUCUUAACAAAUUUUCACUUUAAAAUAAGUGCUGUUGCCUGGUGAACAAAACAGCUGGCUCAGGAGCACUGCAGGUAUGGUCAGUGUGGAUGCUACAUAGACAGGUGUGGCUAUUGGAAAAUAUGUUGGGCGGAGAAGAUAACCAACUAAUGCCUGCUGCAGUUUUGAAUUUUAAAAUGUAUGUGUUCAUGACAUGUUUGUAAAUAAAAGCCUGACUUUAUUAGA